GCCGAAUAUAAGCCAUUGAACGUAAGAGUUCCUCAGAACUCCAGCCAUCUUUCUACUCCUAAGACUUGUAACAUCAACACUACAUGAAGGGUGAGAACCUUCUUCAUAAUAUACUCUUCUUUGCUGGAUCGGCUUAAAACACCAAGCAGUCAAGCACUUCGAACCAGGAGGCUGGCAGAUGACUGACUGCGCAGACGCUCUAUAACAUCUUUAGAUAUCAGAAAGAUUUCCAUGGAGACGGAAUCAGUUCGGGUACCUGCCGUGACCGACAAGGAAAAGCGGUACCAGGCAGAUGAGGAUUACAAGACAUCGCAGGGCGAUGAGCAGAGCGAUGACAAAGCUGAUAAAAGAGAAGUCCAGAAACACAAAACACGCUGGAUAGUUACAGCAUUUACUGCUCUUCUGUGUUAUGUGUUUGAAUUCGAGGCCACACUUUCUUUAAGGUCACAGUAUGUAUACCAGCGUAUCGCUCACGACUACUAUAAUGUUACUAACGACACGAGAACAACGAUCUCAUGUUCUCCCGACGACGUCAACGACACAAUGGCCGACAAGAGAGACCGCAUCCAGGCCGACACCUCUCAAAUGUCAAUCUUCUUGGUCUUCACCACCUUCAUCCCUGCUCUCUUCCUUUGUCUCUUCAUGGGCUCUUAUUCCGACUACCUUGGGCGGCGCUUUCUCGUGCUGAUGUCGUUGUCUGGGAGUUUCCUAAAAGCACUGACGAACCUGCUAAUCGUCUGGCUGAAUAUAAACUUGAAUUAUCUGUACCUGGCUAACCUGUUGGAUGGACUGUGUGGAACCGUUUUCGGCCUGCUGACGGGUAUCCAAGCAGCCAUGGCUGACGUCACCAUCACCAUGACAGAGUUUGCCUUGACAAGUGUUGUUCUGGAAGGUUCUAUUGCGAUCUCCGGAGCUCUCUCACAGAUAUCUGUCGGCUUUCUUAUCAGAUCGGUCGGCUUCAUUGGUCCGGCGAUCCUGUGCUGCGUCGUCAGCGCCAUCGCCUGUGUCAUCAUCUUCUGUGUCAUGCCCGAGACCCUCAAACGGCCCGUCCAGGUGACCCUCAACCCUCUGGUUCACCUACGCAAGGUUUUUGGAUUCUACAUUCUGGAGGGGUCUUCGGUUCAUAAAGGUCUCUUCUGGUGCGGCCUGUUGGUCUCCGCUUUGCUAUCCUUCUGCCAAUCCGGACAAGUUAUGAUUGAAAUAUUAUACAUGCUGAAUGCCCCACUUUGCUGGGAUUCGGUAAAACUCGGCGUGUUUACAGGCGUGCGCCAGUUUUCCAUCGUCAUUACUAGCAUUGUUACCCUGAAAGUUCUCCAGCGCUACACAAGUCACGUGACGAUUGGGAUCCUCGCCAUGUUUUCCGGAGCAGCUGCCUUUGCUCUGGAAGCCUUUGCAUCUGCUGACUGGAUGAUGUACCUCACUCCUGUCCUGGGCCUUGCCUACAUGUGUACCACACCUGUUAUCAAGACACUGAUGUCCAGUAUGACGACUGCCGACAGACAAGGUGCCCUCUUUUCAAGCAUGGCUGCUGUAACCAGUAUUUGUUAUCUGACGUCAACGGCCAUAUUCAACAGUUUGUAUAUCUCUUCACUGGGCACCUUCCCUGGAGCAGUCUUUCUGCUCAUGGCCGCUUUCUGCAUCGUCAAUAUGGGUCUGCUGUUGGUGUUCAAAGUCGUCAGCGCGCGAGAGUUCAGAGAUCAACUUAAAGCUCCCCCUGCCUGUGAUGAAAAGAGCCUUCUAUACCCAUCCAGCAGUAGGAACGACAACUUCUGAUGUGAUUAUUGAAGACUUGGUGACAUUCAAAUGGGAGGGAGACGUUUAAUGCCAUUUGCUCAUUUAAAUGUUCUGAAUGACUUGCAGUUUUCGUUUCACACUGCCAUCUAUCGUGAUCCUUCCCUUAUUCUGGUCUGCCACUACAGUAAGAAAUAUUUUAUGGAAGUAUUUCUUAAACAUCUACAUAU